GCGCGUGCACAAACAGCGCAGCUUCCUCGCUUUACCUGUUCAGACACUCUGCAGGGACGAAAGCAGCUGUCAACUCCUUGCUGCUUUGAUGAGACGAGAGAUCAAUCUGACCAGGAGGAACGUUAUGUCAAAAAGAUUCCCUUCACUGCUGAGCUACUGAGAACUUUACGAAUGGGAACAGGUCCAAGUCGGCCAAACUGAGUUGAGCUGAAGCUGGAAAGAGGACACUUUGAGGAGUGGGGACCACAGAGGCAUCUCACCCUGACUGCUGAGACACGACGCCUGCAAGUAUGAAUUCAAUGUUGAAAGUGUAUAAGAGCAAAGUGAUGAAGACCCUCAACCCGGAGUAUGAGGAUGAAGCUGCAGAAGAGGUUACAGAGGUGGAGAAUGAUGUAAGUCCAGUGCAGGAGGAUGAGGGACCAAACGCUGUGUCCCAGUUGGCCAGGAAAAUGCAGGGGGCCGGGACUAAAAGCUGGAACAGACUAUCAUCUCUCUUCAACAAAGAAGAUGAACACCAGCUUCUAGAGGAGACGGAGAGCCCGCCGGUCGCAGACCAUCCACUUGCAAUAAAGCCAGAGGAGCCUCCUCGACCCACCAGGCGCUCAGCAUUCUGGGAUAGCUUUGCCGCUAACUGGGCUGCCAAAAAGCAGGCGGAAGCUGCAGCCGCUGCUGCCGCUGCAACCAACGAGGUGGCAGCAGUGCAAGGUGAGGAGGGGGUGACAGAAGGCACAGGGGAGGAGGUGACAGCUUCUCAGGAUGGGCAGACCGCUGAGGGAGAGGAGAGCGAAGGAGGAGGAGGAGGAAGGAGCAGCAGCAACAACAGCUUUUCCAAAUAUGUCUCACUGGGAGGAGGAAACACCGAUGCAUCCUUUAAGUGGAACUUUGUCACCAGCAAGCUCGCAGAUCUGAAGACCAAGAGCAACUAAAUGUUUGUGAAGAAGAAAUCUAAUACACAUGAUGAAAGUGUUGAAGUAGGAACAUGGAGGAAGUUUAUGAAAAUAAUUUAUUGUACACAGGAAAGUAAAGUCCUGUCACUUCACAGUACAGCAAAUAAGCCCCCUUUAAUAACCACACAACUAUUAUUUUAAACUUCCCCCAUGAUUGUCUUUCAACACGUCAUAUUGAUAAAUUAUGAAACGAUAAACCAAAGUUUGAACGUUUCCUUUCCACUUUCAAACCCUGUUUUCUCUUGACACAAAUGCAGUAUAAACUCAUUUUUGUAAUGAAGGAUGGAUAAUAUCAUGAAUGCUUUUUUCAUUUAUUACAUUUACACCUAGAAACACAUACCUUAAAAUACUCAGAAACAUGUUUAAUAAUAGGGCAGUAAUGGUGUUGGCCAGAAACAAAGGGUUUGGUUCACAAAGUGGGACUUCUGAAAGAGAUAGUUCAUGAAACUAAUUAAUAUUUUGAGUGGAUAAUGUAGGCAUACAAUAUCCACAAGAUUAACCUGAGAUCAGUACAAUAGAAAUAAAUACACAAUAAAUCUGCUUUUUAUGAUAUCUUAAAUCCCAAAGUGCUUUUGAAACCACAUAAAGGGGCCUUCACACCUGCCAGCAAACUUGAUGUAAUCUCUAUUUUAUAAACCUGGAUUAAGAGAUGAGUGGCAGCGAUAGCUGGAUUGGUUACAGAUUAUCUCAUUUAACCUGUUUAGAGGGCAGCGGAUUUGAAUUUGGAGAUUUGGCAGGGAGACAUGACUAUUACAUAAUGUUUGCAGUUAUAAAAAAAAUUCCCCCUCCGCAGUCAUCAGGAGGGGAGGAGAAUGUGCUGCACAGUUAUAUGCAAUAUGUAAAAUAUGAAUGUGUGUGUGGUGAGAUAAUGUCAGGUGUACAGACAUGAUGUUUUAACUGACUUGAAUUUUCUGAUUGUGACUGAGGGGGAAAUGUGCAAAGUGUGAGGUUUUUAAUCAUUCCUAAUAGCAAGACAUAAGACUUUGAAUAUUGUUUCAUCUCAUAUUUUGGUUUUGUCUUGUAUGUUUAUUCUGAUGUUUUGUUUUCUGGAAUGAUAUAAUAAAGAAUGCUGCUCUAAAAGUUCAGAUAAAGAA